AUGUUUAAGGAUGAAGCUGGUGGAAAGAUUAUUAAGUCGUUUGUUGGGUUGAGGUCGAAACUAUAUUCCUUAAAAAUACACGAUGGAGAUGAAGAUAAAAAAUGCGAAGAAUCACCUUGCCCAUCGGGAACAACCUCUCUGAAUGGAUACACUCCGAAUUGUUUUGCCCAGCCUCCGAAAAUGUAUAAGCAGCCGUUGUUGUAUCUAGAGGAGACGUACAGUGGGUUUUAUCUGCUGUGUGUGUUCGAGUAUCCUGAAUAUCAAAAUGUCACAUUCGAUGUAAUUUGGUCAUCUGAGAAGGAUGACCUUCACAGAGAAACUCUAUUUGAAUCAAGGAAUGCAACACUGCCCGGUGAAAUGGUGGAUGUCAACCAUCUUCUUAUUUACUGUAAAAUCACAGCUAUGUUCAUCUACCCAGAUGGGACUGCUAAAAGCACGCCCUCUCCGGCUAUCAGUAGCAGAAGCAUUCUUCUUAGUGUAGAGGAACUACAAAGCCCGGAAAAUGAUACAACAGUUGCAAACAUUUCUAGAAAUAGACUCCAAGAAACCUCAAACAUCUUAAACAAUAGUAGCCUGCCUAUUGCUGUUAGCGUUGGAACUGUCGUUUUAUUAUUACUUUUAGCUGCUGUUAUAUUCUUUGUAAUCAGGAAAAACAGAAUAAGAGCGCGCUCAAAGUUGUUCCUUUUGGAUACUAAUAGAGAUGGAUUGUCUGAAACUUAUUCAGAAUCGGACGACGAAAACAAUUGUAAUACAAUGCUUUAGUGGUUUAAACGCAAAUCUCCACGCAAUGGUGUCCCCGUCUCAGGUGACAUACACAUGUGUAUGCUCGGCCUCAUGUGUUUAGGUUCCUGGCGUGUUUAGCAUUAGUUGUGCUUAGGUAUUUCAGACCAUGAUGUCAAGUACCUAAGCACAUUUAAUUCUAAACACGUUAAAAUCCUAAGCAUAAUAUUAGGAAUAAGAUAGAUCUAAAAACAUUUAGCUUUUAAAUGUGUUACCAACGACCGGACAACAUCGCGUGGAGUUUUGCAUUUAAAUCUGCCACACUGUUUUUACAGUGUAUCAAGUCCCUAAUUUGUCAUAGCUUAUAUAUCAAGUAGGUUUGUUGCUGAGGUAGCACCGUCGACACAAUUUAAACAAAAUUGUACUAAGUUCAAUUGUUCUCUUUUGAUGAUCCAAUUAAUAUCUAAGAAAAACAAAAAAUAUUAAAAUAAAAUUUUACUGGUUUUAUAGAUAUAAAAAAAGUA